CAGAGCUGACUCUUCGGAGCAGGAGCAGCGGAGCAGCCGUGCUUGGGAGCAUUCCUGGAGCCCAAGCUCUUCCGCACAGAGGAUGGAGCAGGUAGCAGAGACCAUGGAGCCUCCCUCAGACCCUCCCCGCAGAGGGUGCGUCCCCUGGCAGGGGCUCCUGCUCACAGUCUCACUUGUAACCUUCUGGAACCCGCCCGCCACUGCCCAACUCACUGUGGAAUCUGUGCCGCCCAAUGCUGUGGAGGGGAAGGACGUUCUUCUACUCAUCCACAAUCUGCCACAGGAUGCUCUUGGCUACAACUGGUACAAAGGGGACAAGGUGGACAGCAGCUAUCGAAUUGUAGGAUAUGUAACAGGCACUCAAGUAAACACCACAGGGCCUGCAUACAGUGGUCGAGAGACAAUUUACCCCAAUGGAUCCCUGCUGUUCCAGAACAUCACCCUGAAUGACACAGGACACUACACCCUACAACUCAUAAAGGCAAAUCUUCAGAAUGAAGAAGUAACUGGACAGUUAUGCGUGUACUCAAAAGAAAACGUCCCGGGCCUCCCCCUGGGGGCCAUCGCUGGCAUCGUGACCGGGGUCCUGGCCGGGGUGGCUCUGGUGGCCACCCUGGGGUGUGUCCUGUUCCUCAGAAGGACUGCAAGGGCCAGUGGCCAGCGUGACCUCAAGGAGCGGCAGCCCCCCCAGUCCACCAGUGGCCCUGCUCCCUGGGACAGCGGCACCCCCUCGGCCCCCCGACCUGGCCCCAGGGCAGCCGGCUCCAACUAUGAGGAAUUGCUACACCCUGACACAAAUGUGUACUGCCAGAUCGACCACAGAGCAGAUGUAGCGUCUUAGCUUCCUCCAGAAACUGCUCCUUUGGGCUGACGAAAGAUCCCCUAAGUCCCCAACUCUGUGGAGGGGGCAGGACAUGGAGCCUGAGCAAGAGAAUCAGCUGAGUCCUGGGCAGACUCUGGGGUCCUGCGGCUGGGGACGGGGGUCCCUCCUGGAUGUCUGCAGACCUGGACAGGCUGCCAGGCUCUGGGAAGGCCAGGAUACCACCACAGGAAGUGUGGCUUCCAGGGACAGUGAAUGGGCCUGUGGCACCAAGGACCACCUGGAAAGGGCUGAAUAAAGAGGACCCUCCCCUU